AUGAUGGAAUUUCGGACUCAGGGGAUGAACGGCUAUGCUGUCAAAUACUCUCCAUUCUUUGACUCAAAGAUCGCAGUCGGUGCCGCUGCAAACUUUGGGCUGGUUGGAAAUGGUCGGGUUUAUGUUCUGAAUUUGACACCACGUGGAAUUCUAGCCCAGCAAACCUGGGACACUCAGGAUGCGGUGUAUGACAUUGCCUGGUCCGAAAAGAAUGAGAAUCAGAUGAUAGCGGCCACUGGAGAUGGUUCUGUCAAGCUUUUUGAUGUUUCUGUUCCAGCUGGUCCGGUGCAGCAGUGGCAUGAGCAUAAUCGAGAAGUGUAUGCAGUAACAUGGAAUCUUCAAACUAAGGAUACAUUUGCUUCUAGUUCUUGGGACGGUACGAUUAGAGUAUACUCUCCUGAGCGACCACAAGCUAUCUUAACAUUGCCAACUCAUUCGUGUACAUAUAGUACUCAAUACAGCCCUCACUCACCCGCCGUCAUCUCCUCAGUAACGUCAGACUCGCAUCUUCGGAUUUUUGACCUGCGUACUCCGGCAUCGGCGUCUAAUCACCUAGUACACCUAAUACCAAUUCACGGACAGCCUCCAACACAAGGUCCAUCUUAUAACCCACUCAGGCCUCGACAUCCUCCGUCAGAAGCCCUAACACAUGACUGGAACAAAUACCGUGACACUGUUGUUGCUACCGCUGGUGUGGAUCAAAUCAUCCGAACAUUCGAUAUCAGGAACCCUCGAAGUGGACCAGUUGCUCUUCUGGAAGGCCACAAAUAUGCAGUCCGCCGAAUUACUUGGUCUCCUCAUCUCAGUGACACUCUUCUUAGCGCUAGUUACGACAUGACCUGCAGAGUUUGGAGCGACGGAAGCACUAUGGGUCAUCCAACUCCUCAAGCGCCUGGUCAACUGCCAGUCCCUGGAAGACAGCUUGGCGAGAUGGGUGGACAUACCGAGUUCGUCACUGGUGUUGAUUGGUGCCUCUUUGGAGCCGAAGGGUGGUGUGCAAGUACUGCUUGGGAUGAAAGAUUACUUGUGUGGGAUGUGAGAGCUACCAUGGGACCUUGA